AUGCCCCAAGACACGGCGAACGGCAGCUGGCUCGGCCACAAGGGCCCCGGAGGGUUCGAUCUACGGACCGAUGUGGUGACGACGCCAACACCGUCCAUGCUGGCGGCCGUGCAGUCGUGCACCCUCCUCGACGACGUGUUUCAGGAGAGCUCGACAACGAACGACCUCGAGUCGCAUGUGGCUGCAUUGGCGGGCAAGGAGGCGGGCCUGUUUGUGCUCUCGGGUACCAUGGGGAACCAGUUGGCGCUGCGGGCCCUCCUCACGCAGCCACCGCAUGGAGUGCUGUGCGACAAGCGCUCACACAUUGUGAAUUACGAAGCAGGAGGUGUAUCGUCGCUAACAGGCGCCAUGGUGACGUCGAUUCUCCCCGAAAACGGGAUCCACCUCACCCUCGAAGAAAUUCAAAGGGAGGCCGUGGUCUCGGAUGACUUGCACGACUGCCCCACGCGCGUCAUCUCGCUAGAGAACACGCUCAACGGGAUGAUCAUGCCUCUGUCGGAGAUUAAGCGCAUCGCAGCAUGGGCGCGGGAGCACGGCAUCCACAUGCACUGCGACGGCGCGCGGCUGUGGGAGGCGGUGGCGGCCGGGGCAGGCAGCCUGGCCGAGUUCUGCGCCGAGUUCGACACGGUGAGCCUCUGCUUUUCCAAGGACGGCCAAGAAGGUGGAGGCGCUGUGGGCGGGCUUCGGGGCGGCUUCGUGCACCCGGUGCACACCAACAUGUGCUGGCUGGACCUCGGCGCGGCGGGGUGCUCGGCGGAGAGGUUGGAGGCGCUGGGUAAAGCGGAGGGCCUGCGGCUGAUGGGCAACAGACUGGUGAUUAGCUACCAGGUGGCGCUGAACGAGGACGAGGUGCUCGCGCGCCUGGAGAGGGUGUUUAGGGCGGCGUUGACGGAGGCGGGGGCCGAGGAGGCCGGUGAGGCCGGUGAUGGGGCUGUGAGGGGUUCCAUGUACCGGCGAUCCGCCAAGGAGUAA